AUGGAAGAUCCUUUGGGGACUCGCGAGCCCCGGGCCCGUCCGAGAGAGCGAGACCCAGACCGGCGCCCGCACCCGGACCGAGACCGCCACGUCGAGCGGCCGCGGGACAGAGCCGGGGACAGACACAGGGAAAGGAACGGUGACGUGAGAGGAAACGGGGACCGUCGAGCGGGCAGGGAAAGGAGGACGGACAGAGACCCGCGCCAGGACGGACACAGGGACGCGGGCCAUCGUGCAGCUGAACAAAGAGCCUGGGACAGGCCCCGCCAAAGCCGUGCGCGGCCCGAGCCCUGGGUGCCCAGCUGGGACACAGCCCCGACCUCCAGGCCCGCGCCCUGGGGGGGCCCGGAGCCGCCGCGGAAGCAGGGCCUCGGGCGCCGCGGGUUGGACAGUGAACUUGCUUCGGAGAGAUAUGUGUCCCUGCACUCCCGGCCCGAACAACAGGAAGAGGAAUAUUACAAGUCUGAAGCCGAGGGGCUCCUGGAAUGCCACCAAUGCAAAUACUUGUGCUCAGGGAGAGCCUGCUGCCAGAUGCUGGAGGUUCUGCUCAACUUGUUGAUCUUGGCCUGCAGUUCUGUCUCUUACAACUCCACAGGGGGCUACACAGGCAUCACCAGCCUGGGCGGGAUUUACUACUACCAGUACGGAGGGGCUUAUAGUGGCUUCAGUGGUGCUGAUGGGGAGAAAGCCCAGCAGCUGGAUGUGCAAUUCUAUCAGCUCAAGCUGCCCACAGUUACUGCAGCAAUGGCCUACAGUGGAGCCCUCAUGACCUUCUCCUGUCUCCUCAUCCUUGGGGGUAUCCUGCGGGUCCCAUGGCACUGUCCGCCAUGGCUGGUGAUGGAGGGCUUGAUGGAUGUGCUCAUCGCUGGGGCGUACAUCCCUGCCUCGUACUUCUUCUUCCAGCACCUCUCAGCUGCCUACAGCUCAGAUGUGUGUAAGGAGAGGGAGGCCCUGUACCAGAGCAAAGGUUACAGUGGCUUCAGCUGCGGUAUGCACGGGGGAGACAUAGGAGCAGGAGUCUUUGCCGCCAUGGGCAUUGUGGUCUUUGCCGUGGGAGCUGUCCUGGCCUUUAAGGGUUACCGUAAAGUCAAGAAGCUGAAGGAGAAGCCUGCAGAAAUGCUUGAGUUUUAGACUUCUAGAAUGUUCUGCCGAGUAUACAUGAUAGAAGGCACUUUCAACCAUGAUCUUUCACAAGAAUUCUUCUUUCAUGUGGACCAAGCCAAUGUGGGUAUGCUGGGCUGAGCUUCUGGUUGCCUGGAGAAGUGUUUCUCUGGUUUCUAGAAUCUUCUAUGGAUGUGGACCUAACCAAAAAUAUAUCAAAAUCCAAAACACUA